AUGGGUCCGCUGCUGCUGCUGCUGCUGUUGGCUCCUGUUGCAGAGGUGCCUGUUUUCCUCUUGGACAACCCCUCCACCCUACAGCCGUCACUCUGGCAGCUCCCUCCUUCCCCCGUCCACGUGCUCUCGCUCAUCUGGAUGGGUAUGAGCUGGGCUACUUCAAACACGUGCCACCAUGCUCCCCUCCCCUUCCCUUCCCUCCCAUCCCCACCCCCCACCAACACCAACACCACCACCAGCAGCAGCAGCACCUCUCUCACUAUCAGCCUGUUUUCUUUGUCCAGCCCAUCUCGCUCUGUGCUGUGUGAUUUACUGGAGUCUGGGAGACAUGUGAUCACUCUGCUGGAUACCAAGGACUCCAGGCAGCCGGUGUUUUUGGAGGAGGAGGAAGAGAGGGAACAAGGAAAACAAUCUGACACAGCUGUCAGCUCUGCCUAUCAGGACAUUCUGUUUUGA